AUGCUCUCUCUUUCUAUUCAGGUAACAUCAGAUUCUGGCUACCUAUUCAUCACGACGUAUGGUCGGUUUGCCAACGGAGUCGCUAGCACGUAUUAUAUUUGUCUCGUGUUCACCGGUCUCACUGUCUUCGACCGUGUCGAUCCUGCCUCUCCGUCCCGCAAGUGCUUUUUGCAGUGUGCAAAAUUUCAGAACGCUGGUCUGGCAUCAUUCUUCUCGAUGGCCGCUCUGGCCGUUAAUAGUGCGAUGUACUACCUCGACGCCCUCAUUUAUUCGCUUUCCCAAGUGCCUGAGAAUAACUUGAGGACCGUCUUGACUGAAAAGGCCGGCAUGGACAGGGCUUUACUUGCUUGGAGGGCUCUCGAUGCUACCAGGACCGUUCUGCUCCUUGUCAUAUGGCUACUUGUUUCGUUGGGAGGCCGCAGCUCAAACCGUCUUAUGGAUAAUUUGCACUUCGACCCUAGCCGGCAGGAACCAGGGCCUGAUGGAACGCCGCCAUCCGUAAUUCAAUAA